AUGCAUACACUCCUCAGGUUUGCUUGGACAAGGAGGUCAAGGCAAUUCUGGGAGGAUUUGGACGAGGUGGUGUAUAGUAUUCCGCACAUUGAGAAGCUUUUCAUUGGAGGAAAUUUCAAUAGAAAUAUCAGGGCAACUGCUAGGGGUUACGAUGAUGUGUAUGCCGAGUUUGGUUUUGGAGAUGGAUACAAGGGAGGUACUUUGAUGUUGGAUCGCGAUAGAGCUUUUGAUUUGGUAAUAGCUAACUCGAGUUUUCCUAUGAGGGAGGAGCAUUUGGUCACCAUCUCGAAUAUGGUGGCUAGGAAUGAGAUUGAUUACUUUCUCUGCAGGAUGUGUGAUCGAGUAUAUGCACAGAUUGCAAGGUCAUCCCAAGUGAGAACCUCAGGACCCAAUAUAGACUCUUGA